UGAACCAUGUAAAUUCAUCUACUACACAUGUUAAAACAUAAGACAAACUGAAAAGCUAUGCACAGUUGAUCAACAAAAGAUAGUGAAUAGUGAAAGCACGGCGGAGACGAGCGAUAUAUAUCUCAGCCACUUAACAUUCUUAUAAUGUUCUUAGGUACACUAGCAAGUAUAUGUACGGGAAGCGUUGCUCGGGCCUCCCGUCAGAGUCAGAUGGCUCGCAGAUGCUUCUUUGGCGAUCUUACUCGAUCUGUAAACGGGAGCGGACUCCGAGCUGCCACACAGGGUGUAGUCUUUCGAUCUGCUUUUCAUACACGUAUAGGGGGUCUGCGUCACGGGGAUUUCGAGUGGGAGGACCCCAAAUCCGAGGAUGAAGUUGUGAACGUCUCGGUGAUUCUCCGAGAUGGCACCGAAAAGGUGAUAAGGGGCAAAGUGGGAGAUAAUCUGCUAUACUUGUGCCACAGAUACGAUGUGCCUAUGGAAGGCGCGUGUGAGGCGUCGCUGGCCUGCUCGACCUGUCACGUGUACGUGGAUGAAGACUAUCUGGACACACUGCCGGAAGCAGAGGAGGAGGAAGAGGACAUGUUGGAUAUGGCGGUGCAGCUGAAGGAAAACUCGCGGUUAGGCUGCCAGAUUAGGCUGACCAAGGAGCUGGAGGGGCUCAAGGUGGAGUUGCCCAAGGCUACACGGAACUUCUAUGUGGAUGGUCACGUCCCCACUCCCCAUUGAGAUGUCAAACUGCUGGUGAUGCCAUCCAGCAAAGCUUUCUACAGUAGUCUCCUGCCGCGGAAGUGUCUGUUGGUAGACAUGGUCUGUAGAUUAUGUACUGCAGAUUGUGUAAAUCACAUCGGAGUAUGUAGAUGACACUGUUGGAUAUCUGCAGAUAUUACAUUAUAUACCCUCGAGGCGUAUCGGAGGUGUGCGUUACGCAUGCACUCUACACGUUAAGUCGUCCUGGGGAUCACCGUUGUAGCCUGGCCACCGAGGCAUACGUAUUCCAAAUGAGUACGUUUUUCACCCCGAGUGCGUAGUCCAAAUGAAUACGUUUCACCCGAGUGCGUAGUCCAAAUGCGCACGUGGUGUGGGGUCGUGUGCGUUUAUAUGCACGGUGUUGGCCUAUACUGAGAAGCAGCGGUGUGAUUGGAGGUCCACAUAUGAACUAGCCUGCGAUUACCCGAAACCGGCUUUGGUAUACGUUUGAAGUAUCGGUAUCUCAAUACCAGGUCGGUACAGGUUUGAAUGAAACAGCGUUCAUAUAUCUGUGUAUUUGGCGUUGGUGUAUCGUGCAGAGAAUGCCCGUGUACAACGGCUCUCUACAUGGCUGUGAGCGGUGCAGGUUUGUGGAAGGUGUAUAGACGGUGUGUGUGUGUGUGUCACCCGGGACAAUAGCAGGAGUGCUAAGGUGCGUAGGGGAGUCUACAAGGACAGACGAGAGUGUGUAUAGCGAAUACGGCGACUGGCGUGCAUGGUUGUAGCGUCGUGUGUAGUGGCUUGUGGAGGUAUACAUAACUGAGUUUGUGUUAGGAACUGGCGUACGCUUCCAUGCAUGCGAAGUAGGAAGGUCCGAAGGAAGCGGCUAUGAGAUGCAUGGACUUUGCUAGAGUGUAUAAGGAGGGCGUAUACAGGCCGUAUUUUGAGUUUGAGACGAGGCACCACAGAUACACCGUACAAUUUAGCAGCUUGCAAUACAGGGCAAGAGAAAAGCAUUACAAACAUAUACAAUCACGCAAGUAAAUUGAAGUUCAUGUUUACGUAUGCGCAUUUGAUACUGUUGGGCGUCUGCAAAUAUAGAAUGAAUAGGUUCUCAUGAAACCGCAUAUUUGUGCGCAUAUCGAGGCAUAUAAGUUCUAGACACGAUGUCCUCCCUUAGUUAUAUGAAAGAGGUGAUGCAAUCAUAUUUGUCCAUACACGUAUGUGCGUGUGUAUGUUGAG